UUACCGUGGGGACAAGCAGUAUAGAAAAUGGAUGGAUGAUCGAUGGAAGUGCCGUCUUCCGGCGCCGUGUUGACCACCAGAGGGCGUAGCAGGCCUUCCUACGAGCAGGGACGUGAGUGGAAAAAAAAGGGUUUGUUGUUUAAGUAGUGGUAAAACGAACGAAAGACGGACCUCAUUGUUCUGGCGUGUUUUUUUAAUGCAACUCUUGGAUGAGCUGAUCUGUGAGGAAUAGGAUGUAAAUUAAGAUAACUAUUAUUCCGCGAACAGCGUUGGUGGUAUAGUGGUGAGCAUAGCUGCCUUCCAAGCAGUUGACCCGGGUUCGAUUCCCGGCCAACGCAAAUCUUUUUUUUUUUUUGAGACCCCACCCUCUUUUUACUUGCUAAAGUGAUAGAUGCGUGUUACAAAUGAUGCGUGACAACUGUUUAGUCAGAACAGUAUUACUAGUGCAUCCCUGUAGAUGACCAGAUACCAGGUUUACAUGAGAGUAAUUCUAUGAUAAGCAGUACAAUUAGCUUGCUAUCAAUGUUCAAUCUAUCAGGCUAAAGUUAAGUAUAGCACAAAACCGAAGAGGCUGUAUUGCAGGGGUGGGCAAUUCCGGUCCUCGAGGACUGCAUGUUUUCUAUGUCACCCUGUUGCAACACACCUGAUUCAAAUGGUCAGAUAAUUAGCAAGGUCUGCAGAAGUGGGAUAACAGUCCUGAUUAUUUGAAUCAGGUGUGUUGCAGCCGGGAGACCUAUAAAACAUGCAGGACACCGGCCCUCGACGACUGGAAUUGCCCACCCCUGCUGUAUUGCGGCAGAAACGGCAGACAGUUGUUGGGGGGAAAAAUGAGGGUUCAUCCGGGAUUGGAACCUGAAACCUUGCAUAGGCAUAACCCAGAGGUCAAUGGAUCGAAACCAUCCUUUGCUAAAACACUGGUUUUCUUCAGAAUGUCUGGACCAUCUUAAUGACUAAUUCAAUAAUGUGGUAUCAUUUUCUAUCACUGCAAUGUAAAACUACAAUGAUGAAUAUUGUUAUAAUAAUAAUGAAAUAAUAUAAUAAUAAUAAAUGUUUGUUUUAUUAUUUGUGUUGCGCUCACUGUGCUAAUACAACUGGUGGUGGUUAGCAGAGACUACGGCAAUUAGGUGAAACACAAAACGGAUCCGUUGUGCCAACAAGGUUCAACUUCUCUCGGUAACGUUUCUUGGAUUCUUCAUUCAAAUGCCCAACUUCAUUGGAUAGCAAAUCAGCCAUAAUUCGGAUGAAAUCGGUGAAAAUGUAGUGCAGAAAUCAAACUGAAUCUGUACGAACACGUAGGAACGAGCGGACCGGUUGACCGGCAAGAUGGCGGCAUAACACAAAAUCACGUGAUAAAAUUACGUGACUGCAAGGCCUCUAUAGAGCGGAGGCAAUAUUUAAUUCCUAGUUACUGAAUUGGAGGAACGCCAUUGGGAGGCAGCAAGUCACGUGACGCUGUUACGAGUUUUGAUUGGUUCUGCAGCAAGGCCCUUUGCAAGGACCUUUGCGUUUCGCAAUCAAACAUUGAUUUUCAUAAAACGAUGUCCAAAACAACAGCUCCCAACAAACAGAAAUGUGUUAUCUAUGUAGGUCAUACUAAAAUAUCACAUCCUCCCUACAACCAGAUCAAUCAUUUCACGAACGAAAGCCUCUAGCGAGUUUCGGCCCGCCACCUAUUAAGAAGGUGUCUUUAUUAAUAAUCUUUACCAAUGAUGUUUCGUAGCUUGUCAUGCUUAUCGUUUGGUUGAAGCAGAAUUUAAAGUCCAGUAGUUCGUUUAUCUUUGAAACAUUGAAAACCUAGCACUAUUUAGCAUUUUUUGGUUGCAGUGAAUUCUGGGUACUCGCAUUGCACGCUGGGCGAUGUAGUUCUUUUAUUUUUUAUUGGUGUUGGAAUAAUUUAAGUGAAGCCUUGGCCUGCCAGACCUGGCAAACGCUGCGUGUGGCGGGCUCCAUCUAGUGUUGAAACUGAGAAGUGCAACAGAGUUGAGCUCAAGCUUCUUGUGCGGGCCAUAUUCAAUUAUGUUUUCAGAAUUUGCUGCGGGCCAAUAAAAACUGGACCGCGGUAGUUUGGACACCCCUGGUCUACAGGUUUAUAACCUGCUACUGCAAACUGCUACUGCUGCUUGCUACUGCUGCUUGCUACUGCAAACUGCAAAUGUGGAUGGAAAAUAAACACAAAAAGUCAGCUGGCUGCUGAAUCCAGUGGGGGAUUUCAUUCCUAUGCUCCGAGAUUCCAGCAGUAGAGGGGGAAAAUGGACAGAGGACUGCGGCCAACUUUGUUCCUGCUAUUGCUUCUGUGUUCCAAAGCAACCAUCUUGUCCCAGUUCAACUGUCCACACCGAUGCCAAUGUUUCACACCAGCCCAAGUCUUGUGUGCCGAUGAACACAUGACAUCUGUGCCCGGGAACAUAUCCGUGGAGGCCAAGGAAGUCAUCAUCAUGACAUCAGCCGUGCAGUACUUGUUCCCCACCUCCUUUGAUGAGAGUCCCCAACUCAACAAGCUUAUCUUCUUCAACAAUCCGCUGCAAAGUAUUCACUCUCAGGCUUUUCAGAAACUGCCUGAGCUUCAGGAACUGGAGAUCAGCGGUAACCCCUGGCUGCAGCAUUUGUUUCUGGGGACUUUCUCCAAGCAGGGAAACCUGACCAAGUUGCAACUCAACUAUAACAGAUUCCAGACUGUUCUUCCUGGUAUGUUUCAUGCUCUUGAAAACUUAGAGACCCUGCAGCUGAAGGCCAACGUCAUAUCAAAUUUACCCACCUUGUUGUUUGUGAAGCUUCCAAAUCUGCACGUGUUGGAUUUAUCUCUUAACAAAAUCCAGAAGGUGGAAAGAGAGACUUUUUCCGGUUUGACACGGCUGGAGAUUCUUAAAAUGAGCAAUAACCACGUGAGCAAUAUUUCAUCAGACACUUUCCUUCACGUUGGCCAGCUGAUGGAGCUUCACUUGGAUGGGAACCGAAUAGCAGAACUCGCUGAUGACACUUUUUCCGAGUUGACCAAACUGAAGGUGCUCAACCUCCGUGGAAACCGCCUCACAACUUUCAACGACAGAGUAUUAUUUGGAGGUGAGGUUUUAAAUCUGACACUUUUGGACCUGAGAGGAAACAGGCUGACAGAAGUCUCCUCUUUCAGCACGUUGCUAUCCCUGACUGACCUUCUCUUGUCAUCCAAUCAGCUUUCAAGCCUCCCCAAAGACAUUUUUACCAAUGUCACCUCACUGGAGAAUGUGGAUCUCUCCGAAAACCGUCUCACGUCAUUACCAGAGAGGAUCUUUGCUGAGCUCAAAAGCAUCAAAAUGAUCCACCUUCAUAAAAACCAGCUGAUUAGCUUGGAUUCCAAAUUGUUUCAGGACCAGGAGUUCAUUCAGCAACUCUACCUGUCGGACAACCAACUGCAAAAUCUCCCCCUGGGCCUCCUGGACCACUUUACGCUCCCGCACAUGUUGCGACUACAUGGGAACCCUUGGAAAUGUGACUGCCACAUGUGGUAUCUGCAUGAUUUAGUGCUGAGUAGCAACCAGGACUUUGAGAUGCUGGACAGAAUGCUGUGCGAGACUCCCGACUUGCUGCGGAGGCGACCGGUGGCAUCCAUCGGCAGGGAUGAGCUUCUGUGUCGUUUGCCCAAAGAUGAGAUGACUGACCUGAGCAGCUGUACUCUUCGCAAGUCGAGUGAGUCACUGGUCAUCAAAUGCAAAGUGGACAAGUGCUCUCCGCUGACGGUCAAAGUUGAGUUUCUGGAGCACAGUGGCAGUGUUCAGGGACACAUUUGGAAAAGUGACCAUUCUCAGUGCAGCAAUGUGACAAUAGACAAGACUCACAUGCCGUAGAUUGCCAGAUGUGUUUGGACCUUCAGUCAAUUCUGCAAAUAAACAAAGUGGCUGAUUA